UUUACUUAGUCUCCGCCCCUACUAAGGCGGAGAACCGGGAGUAUAGGGUAUACAACCGGAAGCCAGCCCUUCUAGGUCACAAGUGCAAAAAACCUCGUGUUCCGGAUGAGGACUAUGAGCGAAUAAUAGAGUCCAAGUUCUUUGAACAGACCACCGCCACCCUCUCCAAUGGGGACUUAAUAAGUGUACCCAGAAAUUGGGUACCUAGGCACGAGUUUCUUCGAGACGAGGCGUUUCAGUCCGUUUGUAAGCUUAGCACUCAGUUUGACAAACGUAGGUCACAUUAGAGAUUGCCCCUAUCUUAUCUUUUGUUCCUUGUUUUAUUUGUUUCCCUGACCGGAUGGGUUCUUUUAUGCAGUACGUGGAUUAGCAAUGUUGCCUGCUGACAAGACACCAGCCAAGUCAGCCGCUGAAAUCCGCAAGGAAAAUGCGGAGAAAAAACUUGCUGCUCAGGCGGCAAAGAAGGAUGGGAGCAAGGUGCCCCAUUCUGUUUCAAAGAUAAUCAGGCCUAGGACUGGAGAGGAGCCGCCUGCCCAGAACAAGGCGAGGAAGACUUCCUCUUUGACGGUACCUAGCCGUCUGACGAUUGGGGGUAAAACUCUCAAGAACCUCGGCUUGGGGUUCGAUCUGUCAAAGAGGCAACCGGAUGUUCCUGAAAAGGAGACGGAGCCGCCUAGGGCAUCCGGUGCUUCAAUACCGGCUGAGGGCAGUCACGACCCUCAUCCUACCACCCAAGGUACUCUUGACCCCUUCAACCCUUCUUUUCUUGGCAAGCCUAUGCGGGUCAAGUCGCACUCCCAACUCCAGCCAGAAGACUCUUCUGGCAGCCGGCAGUCGAUAGGAGGGAAGUAUGUUGCCUUCUCACCAUCUGUUUCUGGUGCAGAUCACUCCCCUCGCUGGCCGGAUGUACAACGGUACGCUCGGGCCAUGCUGAAGGCCGUCCCAAAAGAGGAGAAGGAGGCGAUCCCAGGGAUCCAUUCCUUCAAUGCCGACCAGGUUCUGGCCGGCCUGUCUGAGUCAAUGCUGCGCGUGGAAGGGCUCAAGAAGGCUUAUGCCCGCAAGUGUGAGGAGGUAAGACGGGCUAAACGGGAUGCGUCUGACGCCCAUAACGUUGCCCAGUAUUCCAUGAUUAUGCAUGAAUUAAAAACUAAAAGCAUAAUCAUGCAACAGGCGGACAACAUCAAGCGGCUCCAAAAGGUGCUCGAUGAAGCCGGCACCAAGAUCCACAACCUCAAGGCGGAAAAGGAUAAUGCCGAGGCAGAGCUGAAGAAGGUGAACGACUCUUCCAAACUCCUGGAGGUGGCCAGGAAGGAGAACACAAAUCUCCUUGCUGACAACGUCCGCUUGAAGGAGGCGGCAGCCAAGGCCAGCGACAAUUUCAAGGCUACGCUGGAGGCUGAACAAAGUCGGCUCAUCGAAGAGAAUGAGCAAGACUGCAUCGCUCGAAUGCAGAAGGCUUCAUCCCUGGUUCAUCCGGACGCGGAAUACACUGUCUGGGAACUUGCCUACAAGCAUGCAGAUCUUGCCAUUGAUGCGCAAGAAACGAACCAGCUGGCUCCGGAGCCUUAUGAGGAGUGGGUCCAAAAGCAAAUUGAGGCCAUGCAGGAGAGAAUCGAGAGGAGAUUGCCCCUCCUGUCCCAGGAGCCGCCUUGCAGAGCCAGGAACAGGAUCAGCCUCCUCAGCCUUAAGCUCUUAGUCAUAUUUUUCGGCCUGCGUGCCGUAUGUUUCCAUUGUAUCUUUUACCGGACAGGGGUCCGGCUAACAAUUGAACAAAGUUUUAAAGUUUGUUAAUAUAAUUUUAUGCCGACUGAGUCGGUCAUCUUUGCAGCACUUGUUCAAUUUUUUGCUUUUCAUUGUUUGUAUUCUUCUCUCUUUUUUUUUUUUUCGAACUGACAAUGCCGAAUGGGUUGACUAUGCCUGCCCCUGGGUGGGUGAUUGUUUAGUGCAAACACUAAGCAAAUAGCCGCCCAUACAUUCCUAGAUCAACAGUCAACCGAUCUGGGUCAAGCGGGUUUAGGUCAGACAUGUUAAUGUGCUGAUUGCUGCUUGAGUCGCACUUAGAGAGCGAAUUAGGGGUCUAUGUGACC